AUGGCCGAUUGGUCCCAACUUCCACACGACAUUGUCGAAAGCAUUGCAGUUCGAUUGGAUGCUGUUGAGGAUUUUCUCGCCUUUUCGGCUGUUUGUCGCUCCUGGAGAUCUUUCUAUUUGAUCAAACAAUGGAUUCCAGGAUCUCAGCUGCCAUGGUUGAUGCUUUCAGACGACGAAAAGGCUAGUAAGAAAUGUUUCUUUAGCUUGUAUAGGGACAAAGUAUACGAGACCGAGUUGCCCGAAGCAAGUGGAAGAAGGUGUUGGGGUUCUUCAGAUGGUUGGCUUGUAACUAUUGGCAGUGACAUGGAAAUCCAUCUUGUAAACGCUUUUUCGCGAGUUCGGGUUUUACUUCCUUCUGCAACCACAUUCCAGAUCCUGUUCAACGCGAGCGCGAAUUGGUACGAAUUGAUAGACAAGGCCAUUGUCAUUAGGAAACCAAGCCAAUCAAAUGAUAGUGUAAAUGAAGUGGAAUUUCUUGUUAUGGCAAUUUAUGGUCCAUUUAAGCAGCUAGCAUUUGCCAAACCAGGCUAUUCUUCAUGGAUAAAUGUUGAGGAAACUUUCCAGCACAGGUUCCUGGAUGUUGCAUGUGUUAAUGAUCAAAUCUUUGCCUUUUCAGCCUCAGGAAACCUUUUGCUUGUGGAUGUCGGUUCGCGGGUCAUUGAGAUCAUGCCGAGUAUUCCACCGAAGCAGCGCUGGGCUCGCGAACGGGUGCACUUAGAAGGAGAUCUCUUGAUGGUUUACCAAAAUCUGUAUGUUGAACACAUGAUUAAUCAUCCUUCUGUUGAGCCAGUACAAUUCCAAGUUUUCAAGUUCGAUUUUUCGGACAAGGAAUGGAUAGAGUUGAAGGAUUUGGGAGAUCGAGCUUUAUUUGUUGGUGACAAUAUUACGAUUUCGAUCUGCACUGCUGAUGCCAAGUUUGUGAAAUGUAAAGGCAAUAGCAUCUAUUUCAUUGGUAGCAAAGUGGAGAACUGGUGGAGGUUUGAUGAGUACUUGGUGGACCGUGAUUGUGGAGUGUACAAUGUGGCUGAAGGAACAGUUGAACCCUUUUACUUUGGUGCAGAUUACCCUAGUUAUUAUUCUUGUCCACUUUGGUUGACACCAAUACUAGUUUAG